CUUUGUUCUACAGUCAUCGAGCCAAACGGCUGCACUGGAUGAAAUUUUUGAUCUUUUGUUUCACACUAAGUCCAUUUGUCGCUUUGAGAUUGAGAUUCGCCGACAAUUAGGCCUCGAAUUCAUGAUGAUUUUUGCGGGAACGAUGGCCGCAGUACUACUUUUUACGGAAACAACACCAUGACGUUGACUGUAGUUCCUCUUCUGGUCAUCUGAGACUGCUGUAAAAAUCGAUGCGACGUAUCUAUUUUGGGGUGGCCGCCGGCGAGAAGACGACACGAAGGAACUACGGGUUCUCGGAAAAGUUUUACGAGGCGUUUUCCAGCGACAUCACCGCUCACCAGUAGCAGUACUACCGGGCCGACGUGCAGCAGCAGUCAUAGGCACUCUUGGACGUCGUCGACCCUGAACUGGUGCCGGUGUCAUAUCAGCAGACUGAAGUCGAGGACACAGGACAGGGCAGCCAGAUAAUCUUCUUGAUGUGAUACUGAUUUUCAAAACCGACUCCGAGUUGUGCUGGCACACGACGACAGCUGAGCACGGACGACACGACGUGUACCGCAGCAGAGGAUCAUGCGUGCUGGGAAUGAAUUAGAUUUUUGCGACGUUCCACGACAAGCACAUGCGCCCCCUGCGUUGCAGACAAGACCACCAAGUCAGUGCGUGCUCCAGUUCGGAGGUAGUUUUCCAUCAAGAAAAGGACAACCCCUGUCACCUACGCCCGAGCAUAGUUAAUCGCGGGCCGAGAGCCCCGGCCGAGCAUAGUUCAUCUCGAACGAGUAGUGCAGGGCACCACGACACAGAAGGUGUAAGUUCCAGUUCCUGCGGAAAAUUGUAGGAAGACGCGGGCUUGACGCAGGAGGCACCGGGUGCACUAUAUUGACGACCUCGACCGCCUGUCGUCGUGGUCCGUCAAUCAGGAGUUAGGGGUAGCAGGGAGCAAAGCCCCCAGCAUUAAAAGUGGGUGCAGCGACAAGGAGGACGGCAGGACGAUUCCUUUUCGUAGUCGCGAGCAAAAAGUGCUGUGCCGAGGCGCGUGCGAAAGGAGAAGAAGCGCCGUCAGGAAGACGUCAGAAAAAUGCUGUCCGGUUUUUUCGGAGGUACUCCAUGCACGGUGGACAUCACACUGGAUGCGGAGGAAAACCGAAAAACGGCGCCGCUUGGCCGGGACAAGAAGGGCGAGCGCGCCUACAUAUAUACGGACGGAGAGGAUGUCAACGGUACCGCUGUCGUGUCCGUGCGACCCGGAAAGAAGGUCGACCACCAGGGCAUACGAGUCGAACUCAUUGGCCAGGUGGACAUGAUCUACGACAAAAGUACUUACUAAAAAUGAUUUUUCUAGAUGUCGAUGUGGUCGCCACGGACUGUAGCUGUACUUAGUUCUCUCUCCUCCUGCUGCUCUUCCUUUCUGAAUAGAUACUGCAGCCUCAUCAGAAGAUGAAGAAGUUGUUAGUUUAUUUUGUUAAACAAAACCACGACCGACCGAGCGCCCUCUUAAAACUCCUUGCUAGGUAACAGCUACGAUUUUUUUGCGAUCGUCAAAGACCUGGAGCCUCCCGGCGCGAUAUUCGAGUCAAAACAGUGGAAGUUCCGAUUUGGCUCAGUGGACAAGCAUAUCAAGUGUAAAAAUGUCUGGGUCUGGAAGAAUGCAAGUUUGUCAUGCUUGUCUGGCAUGACUCCUAAAUCUGUCAUGCACAUUACCAAAGAGCUGCGCUUUUCUGUCAUGCAGAAACGUAGUUUGUCAUGCAGAAUAGGCAACACCUAGAAGCUCAGAAACUUGUCAUGCUGAGCCAGCAAUUGUGGCCUCCUCAUGAUACGCCACACAGCAUCACAAGUUUCCAGACCCAGACAUUUUUACAUUUGAUAAAGCAGUGCGAGACCUACUCAGGGAUAAAUGUGCGGCUCCGCUACUUUACGCAUGGUGUCUCUGCUAGAAUAAAUUCGCUGGAAAAUUUUUGAUGUAUCUGAAGGUGGUAGCAAUUUGUUCAAGAUUUUCAGCAAUACACGACAUCUUCACACGGCAUGAUGUCUGCAAGAAUAUGCACCGCAGUUGUAGUAUCUAUUCAGACCCAUGCCAGCCGCGCAUCACAAUUAAUUUUCCAAACGAGCGAGACACUUUUGCGGUGGAUAGUCUUCGUCCGGCUGGUGGUGGUCAGGAAUUAUAGCUCGAACAUCACCAAGGAAGUCGACCUCGUCGUGCAGAACCUGUAUAGUUUUUCGUUUGUGCACGUUGAAUGAAGUUUUAGCUUUAGUUUGUAGCUGUAAUUCAAAGUAUUGAUAAAAUAACUUACUUUACUUUAACUUCGUUGCGAGUUUUUACUGAUGCCCUUGUGCAUCUGCAUCUGCGGCAUAAAAACAUGCAAAAUUGUACUCAACAGCUUCACCGUUCCAGACAUCAACAAUACCAUCAAGAUGGAGGUCGGCAUAGAGGACUGCUUGCACAUCGAGUUUGAGUAUUUACUGCAACGUGUCUUGCUUCUCUGUCAUGAUUUUUAUUUUUGUUGCUUCACAGUUGGUUUUUGAUUUUGUUCACUGUAAUUUAUUUAUUACAUAUCACGUAGCUGUGCUGUGGCCGACGCCGACACUUACAGUUACAACCUGCAAGUAUUCUUUUCACCGAGAUCCUGCUCGUUUUGACACCCCACUACUUCUGUACUCAGGUACGAUAAAAGCAAGUACCAUAUGAAGGAUGUGGUGGUAGGGAAGGUGUACUUUCUGCUGGUGCGAAUCAAGAUCAAGCACAUGGUAUCGAAUGUAAAAAUGUCUGGGUCUGGAAACUUGUGAUGCUGGGUGGCGUGUCAUGAAGAGGCCACAAGUGCUGGCGCAGCAUGACAAGCUGUUGAGCUUCUAGGUGUUGGCUAUUCUGCAUGAAAAACUGCGUUUCUGCAUGACAGCAAAGUGGGGCUCUUGGGUAACGUGCAUGACAUAUUUUAGAGUCAUGCCAGACAAGCAUGACAAACCUGGCAAUCUUCCAGACCCAGACAUUUUUACAUUUGAUACAUGGAGCUGAACAUAAUCCGGCGCGAAACCACGGGGUCCGGUGCGCAGAACCAGAGCAGCGACAACGAAACGCUGACCAAGUUCGAAAUCAUGGACGGUGCGCCGGUGCGGGGGGAAUGCAUUCCCGUCCGCUUCUACCUCUCGGGGGUCGACCUCCAGCCGACAUACAAAAACGUACAAAACAAGUUCUCGGUGAAAUACUUUCUCAAUCUGGUGCUGGUGGAUGAAGAGGAUAGGAGGUAUAGGAGUUUGUCACUUUUUUUUCUGGGGGCACAGCAUGUAUACGUGCAACAGGAACAUGUUUUACCUUUGUAUGGGAAUGGGGUACCACUACCAACAGCAAGAAAUCAAUGAACCUGGUUAAUAUGUAGCUGUCUCUCAGGACUUGGACGAGUCAUUUCCAUUUGUUGUUUCAUCAGGGAACAUGAACUACGAAGAAGAAGAUGCAAAAAAUGUCGUUGCAAACAACAGCUACUCCCGGUGAAGAUCGUGUGUACAACUUGUUCAUACAAAUAUUUUUAAGGUAUUUCAAGCAGCAAGAAAUCUACAUAUGGCGGAAGAAAAUCGGCUGAGUAAAGCAGUACGUAGCCGGGUUCUUCGUGUGGUAAAAAUAUCGGCGACAGGAAGCAAAGAAUACUUUCGCCGACCACCACCUGACCGGCGUUUCAGCAUUUAUUCUCCCCCGAGGAGGUGGUGGACUAGGAGUACAGCGACAUCAACUUUGGGUCUGGCUUGUUCGUCCCUGCCACCACCAACCGACACCUUACCGAAUGAAAGCCGGACGUCAGACACUGCGUCUGCGAGUUCUGGUGUUGUGGCUGCGGAAGUGACUCCUGCCGUGUGGAAAUGAUAUUGAACUUGGACGUUGAACGCAAGGUCUUCAUAUGAUUGGAGGUGGUCCGCAAGAAUUUAUUAUACCGGCGCAAUAGAAGAUGAAGAUCAUGCACGACCCGGAACGCCACCGGCAAUGCUCCUGUUGAAGAUAGAAGUUCGAAGAACGCGAAGCCUAAGCGCUGACCUGAGUAAUUCCCCCGCAUCAGGAACCCUGAUGCAGCAGUCCCAGUCUGCGACGGAAAUCGGAGAGCCAUGCUGGCAAUGCCCCAUACUUUCCCAUUUCAUUUGAUUCGAAGAUAGAUUCGUGAGCGCGGCUCACUGAAGUAGUGCCUUGCUAAUUGCAAGUAGCCUGCUCACGGAAAGCACAUAGUGUGUCUGGUGUGAUAAUUUCAUACAUUACAGUGCGACCAUAGCAUGACUUUUACACCGUGCUGCGCUCCUUUGGUUUCUCAGGCACACUGUCCC